UUACGAACAGGUAGUUGCAGAGGUUAGAUUAAGAAUGCAUGUAAAUCAUUUAACACGUUCUCUGCUAAGUCGGUUUUGAGUUAUCAUUUUCAGACCAUGUGUACUAAAAACGGUACAUAGAGUUUGAUAAAUGUACAAAAAUCAUCAGUUUUUCGCUUUUUGUGAGCUGAAAAUGUAUUUUUUUAAUAGAAAAAAUAGUGAAACGUGAUGCAACUCAACAAACAUCAUCAUAGAGCAUGUAAUAGUGAUAUCAAUAAUAAUUUUUUUGCACUUUAUCUACCAAUGAUAAAAACAUCGCUUGGCCUGAAAAUGAGUUUCAGCGUGCAUCGAAAAUGGUACACGCGGCAGGAAAAUCGUGUUAAAUCCUUCGUAAAUAUGCUAUUGUAUAAUACGUGUGUAUAUAGUUCUCAUGCCGUUUAGCAAUUUCCGAAAAAUUGAUGAAUCGCAUUGUUGCAAUUAAUGAUUAAUCCCCAGCGGUCUCUUUUUCUUCUCAAUUGGAUACUGUACUGGGACAUGCUCGUCGCGCAUGCGCAGACACCCAACCGUAACGUACGAGCACAGUUCGGCUCGGUUCAGUGCAGUUCGUAGGCGAGUCCGGUGAGGUUCGCUGUUGCUUUGGACGUGACGAAGCGGCCGUAGCCACUUCGUUCACGGAACUCUCGUGUUUUCGUGUCGAGAAGAUCGACGACGCUGUCGUUGUGUCACCGCCGCCGUGAUCGAAGUCUCGAGAUUCGCGGAAAGACGUCUGUGAUCAUGAAAAGUGCGAGAGUGCGUGAAGUUGGCUAGCGUACGUCACGAGCUACAGAGCAGAGGCCCCGGACGACGAAAAUGGCAACCACGUACGCCAGCCGCAUCUCUUCUUCUUGAACGACGUUGGCAAACGGUGGACAUAGAAACAACGACGUCGAUGAAGCAUCUGCGAGCAAGAUUGCUACGAAAUCGUCGUCCGCUACGUUGUGUCCGCUCCUGAUACGUCCUUCCUCCGAGGAAUUCUCGGCAAUCGGAAAUCGCGCGGUAGAAACUCACGCCGUGAUCCGUUCGCGUGUGUUCGCGGUGCUCAAAAAUUAAUCUCGCCUCACGUUCUCGUGAAACCGGCGGAGGGUUCCGGAAAGCCGAAGCUACCUCCUCUGACCCGCAGUUUCCGCGAAUUGAACGUCGGAAAUGACUACCUCGCACGCGUAGCAUUGACGGUGGGGUUUACAGUGCGCGAAAAUCACCGAGUGAUCGAAGAAGCUACGAGCCGACCGCUUCCAAGAGGUUUGCAAGUCGGCCGUAUGCAUCGAUCAGCUGGUAUCACCCGCGAUCGUGAUUGAAUCGAGGACGAGGUCGAAACCGUAAGGUCGUUGAGAUUCCGCGGACACGGUGGGCAGAGUUAGGAUCCUGCUGCGCUCGAGGAUUCGCACGAGGACUAUACGAAGACAGGAUUCAAAGUGCGGUGCCCGGGCCUCAGUGAGAUGGCCUUCAUGAUGAAGAAGAAGAAAUACAAAUUCUCGGUGGAGGUUGACCUCGAGGAGCUCACGGCGGUGCCAUUCGUCAGUGCCGUGCUGUUCGCGAAGCUGAGGCUCCUGGAUGGCGGUUCGUUCGUCGAUCAUUCUACCAGAGAGGAAGUGCAGGAGCAUACAGUGAGAUGGAAUGCGAAGUUCGAGUUUUUAUGCAAGAUGAGCGCCAAUGCAUCUACGGGCGUGCUCGAUCCAUGCAUUUUAAGGAUAUCCGUGAGAAAGGAAUUAAAAGGAGGCAGAUCCUUCCAGAAAUUGGGCUUCACCGACCUUAAUCUAGCCGAAUUCGCAGGAGCUGGUCUCUGCCGACGAAGGUGUCUCCUAGAGGGUUACGAUGCGCGACAUCGUCAGGAUAAUUCCAUGCUGCGCGUAACGAUUAAAAUGAACAUGCUCUCUGGUGAUAUCUUGUUCAAAGUCCCUUCACCGUCGUUAAAGCAAACGCAGCUGGCAGUACCCGGAGCGCAAGGUGUACCUGGUGUUACCGGGGACGAGGUGCCGGCAUCUGAAAGAUGCACCAAUCGGGAGGAUUAUGUGUCUACUGGUUCACUAGCGGGGAGUAUAGCUAGCGCAAGUAGCGGUUUUGGCAGUCUUCCUAAAAAGAGGCCCGCACUUUUCACCUCCGAGCUUCUUAGCGGAACGGAGACGUACGACCCAAUGACCCUUAGCGAGAUUAUACCGUCGGCAGUUCCAGUGGAAGCUUUGGUGGAAGCGCACACGGAGUCGGGACACUCGCGUAAUAGCAGCAAUACCAGUCAGCUUAGCAAAGGUUCCGGCUACGGUUCUCUCAAUUCACACAGUCAGCACAGCAGGCAGAGCAGUAGCGGUGAUAGUGGUCAUAUCAGCUUCGAGCGAUCUCCUUAUUUUCAGUUUCCCGAUCAUAAUCUCGAGACUCUGGACUCUCUACCUCUUUUUUACUUUAAGUCACCCUCCUGGCCGGUAUGGGCACCACGAAUUCCCAACUCCUCCCAGAACCCAUCCGCACAACCAAUCGCCUGUCGACCCGACACCUGUGUCGAACCUUUGUCACUGCAGCACCCAUCUUCCCUAUCGCACAUGGCUUCCAGAACUCGGUUCUGGUCAGCAUCGAGUCCCCUCUCCUCACGUAGUGGUCCGACAAACGCCAAGAACUCGAGGACGACCGGCAUUGUUACGAAUAAUAUUCAUGCGGUUGGUAAACAACAGCAACAGCAGCCGCCGUUUUGCGUAACCGGGAACGGUCUCGUGAACGACGGUAGCUCUCGACUGAACGACUGUCGCAACGACGCGGACGCUGACAAUCUGAUUGCACCCGGUAUCUUCCGGGUGCCACGACACUCGCGCAAGAACUACGAGCGAAACAGCUACGAGGCGCGCAACGAACGUAACGCGAUCAUGAGCUCGCUCGCGAACGAGAGUAACGGUCAGCCGAGUAACGUCUUCCCGGUUGUGAAACCGAGGAUCGGCACCGCGGGCUGGCGCGGCAUGUCAAAGACUUGCGACUGUAUCGAGAAGGGCAAAACGAGCCCGGUUUUGCGACUGGUCGAUCAGGCUAGAGCCGUAUCCUCUCCCGAUCCUCUCCAUAGGCCAGACAAUCAAAGAGCUUCGCUACGUCCCGCGACAACAGCUCAAACCCUCAGAAAUCCUUCCGGCGGUUCCGGCUUGAGUGAAACUGGAUCGCUGGAUCGUGCUAAGGCCGCGUUGGAGCGCAGGAAAAAAACGGAGGAUGGUGCCGGUAAUCCUAUCCUUUGCAGAGUUGAAGUCACCAGGCCAAAUCCUGACUCUCUUAUCGACGAGCUGCUUAAAGCAACGAAUUUGGAACAGACAGAUCUUGAAAGCUCCGAGACAACUGGUCUUCAACUCUUCAUUGCGAAAGACGGUACGACCGCGCUCGGUAGUCACGAGGUAAAGAGCCAGAUGCCCGCCGGUGUGUUCAAACAGGUGGUGAUGGAGGAGAACAACAGGUAACACGAAGCCAUCCCUAUGAGACGACAAUACGCAAGACAGACCAGCGCUACGUUCUCGUUGGCCUUGGUACCGGAGCUCGUCUACGAAGCCUACGAGCCGCGGUAGUUUCACGAGGGAGAACGGCGACGUUGGAUUCGUCAAUUCGGGAGGAACGGCCGAACACGACACGACAGAAUCACGUCUACGCUCUCACCGGAUCGUCUUAAGUUAUAGCUCUCCUUCCGUACAAAAACACGCCUCGGCAAUCGAACUGAUCCCCAUCAAAGCGGGAUGCGCGAGAUUCAUAUCGUAUGAUCUCGCAGAAUUAUUGAAACUGAUUUUCAUAAAUGCGUGUUUCGCGAAAUGGGAAUGAUAGAAAGAUUGGCUCACGAGAUUGCCACGCGCGUUUUAAUACUCGUCCGACUCGAAGCAGAUGCUUAAUGCACGGGUUUUCUUUCGCGUUUCCUUCAAUCCCAUAUAGCAAAAGAGAUUGCGCCAUGCAUCGCAAUGCACAGCGCAAUGCUGCUCGCGCCGAACGAUCUGUAACGACUGCUGCGUGUGAAGCAGCUAUAGGUAAAUACGCUGUGUAUAAUCGCCGUUUAUAAGGAUGAUGUCGAGCAGGCGGACGCGCAUACCUUCGAAAUUUAAUUCAGAAGCGCAUAUUUUCUUCCCUGUAAACGAAGCACAAUGGUCCUCCGUUGAAUAUGCUUCGCUCAUGAGGAGCGUUAGUCAAUAAAGUUUAACCGAGAGGGAGUAUAGCGUAGUAAGGGAGUAUAGUUGCGCAAAAAAUAAUGACAAACGAAACACGGUCAAGGUCCGACGAAACUUUGCAAUGGAAAGUGGUGUCGAGCGGAACUUAAGCGCCAACUUUAUUUAUUAGUGAUAUCGCGAUAGUACCUUGCUGCUACACGUAACAUGUGCGCUGUAAAAUGACCCGAGAUCAACAUACAGAAAGGGAUAUCAUGUUGAGAUAUAUUACGUAUCGUGAAUACAUUUUUAUAUAAAAGUAUUCUUGGGACAGUAUUUCUGACAAUAUUAACGAGAAUCGAAGAAUGUUGAUAAAUCACACCCCACCAAUAUCUCACGUUUGAAUUGCAAUUUUACGAUUUACGCAUAUAUUGAUAAUUUAUUUUCUCCUGUACAUAAUAGCAUAUCUUUUUUACCAUUUCUCUCUCUGAUUAUUCUUUCUGUUAUGCUCUUUCAUCGUCCGCGAAAUUUUCAUUCUAUAUUUAAUUAAAAAAAGGUUUUUGGGUACUGGAAGAUGAAACGAGCUGAAAUACACGGAUCAGUAAGUUAGAGAAUAAACAUGCAGUUUUUCAGAUAUCAGGAUGCGUUCGUAGAAUUGUAAAAGCAAAAUAGAUAAUCAGUAUGAGAAAUAAUACUGUUAUUAUUAUUUCUGUGAAUAUACAAUUCCGAUUAAGAGUAACUAUUUUAAACGUAGCACAGUUUUGAUACUUUUGAACAGUUUUAAUUUAUUAAUUACUUCUAAAGUAACCGAUUCAACUUUUUUGGUGGAAAUGAGCUUGGCGAUAUUUUUCGGUGCGUUAUAUAUGUUUCAUUGACUGAAUAGUUUACGUAUUGUUACUUUCUUUAUUAUCAAGCUCGGCGAAGGUGGAUCUCUCCGUUUCGUCGAACCUUUUCCAAAGGCCCGGUGAACUUUUUUUUUAUUGGCGUGACCGGCCAGCCAAUAGUAAGCUGUAUAUAUAGCUGUAGUAACUGUUAUGUAGCUAAAUCGCUGAUGUUGUAUACAUGCAUUCUCUCCAUAUUCGAAUAAUCUGUAAUUGCUAGUGUACAUUGUGCCCGUGUAUUAAAAAGUACGCGAACGCGCGCGCGCGUUUCGUGUGUGUGCGUACGAGUGUGCGCCUGUCCCUCUUCGAGGGCUGUCCGUAUGCCUGCGAAAGAAACGGAAGGUUCGUUGAUGCUGUGUGCUUAGGUGUGCCUGAAUUAUCGCAGAAUAGCGAGUACUUCCAACAUCCGCGAGAUCCGUUCUGCGAUUCGGUCCUCGCGGCUCGUCGCAGAAAGGAAACAAAAUGACAACUGUGAAAUUGAUGAAGAUAGACGGCGUGCACAAAUUGCUUCCUCGCAGCGCUCCGAAGCAAUUCACAUUCACCGGUUCGGUUUGUCGUACCGACGUUGAACACACGUUCGGCGAGCAACUCAUUCCCGAGAGUUUUUCCAAAGUAUCUCCCGUCGGGUUCCGCUUCUUCGGAUGCCGCUAAUCGCGCGCUAAGCCGAAGACAAUGAAAAUAUAGAGAUGAUAAUAAUUGUGACGCGGCAGAUACGUGUACCCGACUGCAAUUUACGCGUUUGAUAAUAAGCGGCCGUCGAGCUGCGCGUUUUUUUUAUAAGUAGGUCGAUACGUUCUUUCCCGCUGAUGCGUUUCCUCUUCUCUUUUUUACAUACAUUGCUCCUACUUAGAUAACAUCCGACUGCCGUUCGAUACCAUUCAACAAUUUUAUACGACUGCGAUUACAACGUGUCGCUCGUGAGGCUCAUCGUGAGAGCGACUUCUGAGUUAACUGACUCUUGGCUGCUAUGGUGAAGUCAAUUGCAACGGUUAAAUCCCAAAUCGGUAGAUUUCAUAAAGUAACAGCGGGAAUGAUGCACGAUUAUAUCCCAAAAGAGAUUCAUAAGUAGUAAUUGCACACAAGUUGGAAAUUGAUAUUAACAUAAUUAUAAGAUCAUUAACAUAUUUUUUGAAUCUUUUUAUUGCCUAUAUUUAAUUAUCUUUAUUACUUAUGGUCUCGUCGUAUUCAUUGUCAAAACGAAUCAUAAUAAAUAAUAUGAGUGCAAUUGAAACUGUCACUUUGUUAAUCUGAUAGAUAUAGUGCUACUUAUUAUUAAAAUGAGAAUUUCAUCAUAGCAGCUACAUUGUUCACAUUUGACUGCAUGGUUGCGUGUAAAGAUCCGAGUCGAUCCGCAUAUUUCCUCGUAGACGCACGCCCGUGAAAAUUCUAUUUUUUCAUUCGACAUGUAUGCGUGUACAGCUCUUUUAUUUGUAAGAUAUCCGCGCGCGCGAUGCCACGAGUCCCAAUUCCUCGGUAAGCGGAAGUGCGCCGCGUUAAUUAUUGACGUUAAUUAAUUUAUUGAGCAGGGCUCCUUGCGGCGAGUUAACUUCGCGCGAGAGCAUUCCUCCCGAGUAGAACGCAAGCGAUUUCUCUUUUUAUACGCCGCUACAUUGCAAGCAAGAGGCAUCAAAUAAAAUAUUUUUAUUUCUUUGCUACCGGGACGACGCAUGGCCCGCUGAUUAAGCGGAGAUUGUCGAAAAUCAUAACGUGCAAAAAUCCCGGUUGUUCGCCGAGAAUCAUAUUCGCGGAAAUCACAAUAGCAAGACGAAAAUCGUUCGUUUCAUCGCUCGGCAGAUAUUAAUGUUGUGAUAUUUUAUGAUACUGUAAUAAUAGAUACCGUUAUUACCUGUAUUAUUAUUGAUUGUAUUAUAACGAGGAUACUUUACCUUCAAUUUGAUGGCGGUCAUCGCGUGAGUCUACGGUUUGAAAAAAGGCUUCCGCAGAUCUCCCGCGAGCCCGUCUUCUCUCUGAUUUACAAUUGUUGAUAUUUCGUUUAAUCUUUACUUUGUGAGAUGAAUACAAAACUUCCAUGUGCUGAUAAUAACAUUCUGAAAGCUA